GGCGGUGGCGGGAGCGGCGUCGAGUGUCUCCGGUCGCCCGUCUGUGGCCAAGCAGCCAAGCAGCCUAGCAGCCAGUCAGCUCGCCGCCGGUGGCCAGGCAGCCAACCAUGCUCAACUUCGGCGCUUCUCUCCAGCAGGCUGCAGAGAAAAGAAUGGAAAUGAUUUCUGAAAGAUCAAAAGAGAGUGUGUAUUCCUGGAACAAAACUGCAGAGAAAAGUGACUUUGAAGCCGUAGAAGCACUUAUGUCAAUGAGCUGCAGUUGGAAGUCUGAUUUUAAGAAAUACAUUGAAAGCAGACCCGUUACUCCAGUGUCUGAUAUGUCAGAAGAAGAGAAUCUGCUUCCUGGUACACCUGAUUUUCAUACAGUCCCAGCAUUUUGUUUGACUCCACCUUACAGUCCCUCUGACUUUGAACCCUCUCAAGUGUCAAAUCUGCUGGCACCAGCGCCAUCUACUGGACACUUCAAAUCAUUGUCAGAUACUGCCAAGCCUCACAUUGCUGCUGCACCUUUCAAAGAGGAGAAGAGCCCAGUACCUGCCCCCAAACUCCCCAAGGCUCAGGCAACAAGUGUGAUUCGUCAUACAGCUGAUGCCCAGCUGUGUAACCACCGAUCUUGCCCAGUGAAAGCAGCCAGCAUCCUUAACUAUCAGGACAAUUCUUUUCGAAGAAGAACCCACCUAAAUGCUGAGGCUGCAAGAAAAAACAUACCUUGUGCAGCUGUGUCACCAAACAGAUCCAAACGUGAGAGAGACACAGCAGCAGGUGUUGAAGAGAAAGCAAGUGCUGCACUUUAUGACUUUUCUGUGCCUUCCUCAGAGACAGUAAUCUGUAGAUCUCAGCCGGUCCCCAUGUCCCCACCAAAGUCGGUCUUAGUCUCUCCACCUGCAGUAUCAACAGGGGGAGUGCCACCUACGCCCGUCAUCUGCCAGAUGGUUCCCCUCCCUGCAAACAACCCAGUUGUGACAACAGUCGUCCCCAGCACUCCACCCAGUCAGCCGCCAGCCGUCUGCCCACCUGUUGUAUUCAUGGGCACUCAGGUGCCCAAUGGCGCCGUCAUGUUUGUUGUACCCCAGCCCGUUGUUCAGAACCCAAAGCCUCCAGUGGUGAGCCCAAAUGGCACCAGACUCUCUCCCAUUGCCCCUGCUCCAGGGUUUUCUCCUUCAGCAGCAAAAGUCACUCCUCAGAUUGACUCAUCAAGGAUAAGAAGUCACAUCUGUAGCCAUCCAGGAUGUGGCAAGACAUACUUUAAAAGUUCUCAUCUGAAGGCCCACAUGAGAACGCAUACAGGAGAAAAACCUUUUAGCUGUAGCUGGAAAGGUUGUGAAAGGAGGUUUGCCCGUUCAGAUGAACUGUCCAGACACUGACGAACCCACACAGGUGAGAAGAAAUUCGCCUGUCCCAUGUGUGACCGGCGGUUCAUGAGGAGCGACCAUUUGACCAAACAUGCCCGGCGCCAUCUGUCAGCCAAGAAACUACCAAACUGGCAGAUGGAAGUGAGCAAGUUAAAUGACAUUACCCUACCUCCAACCCCUGCUCCCACACAGUGACAGACGGAUGGCGAAGAAUCAGACUAACUUUGGUCACAGCCAGAAGCCAGUGGUGAUAUAAAAAUGCUUCCACUGCAAGUCUGUGGCCCUCCAGUGCGGGCUGCAAGCAGAAGCCCCACGGCCUGGGGAGAAGGCCCAGCCUGGGUUAGAUGGUAAGAAGUGCUAUGGCCUCAGGCAGCUCAAAGAGUGGCAGGACUCAUUUCUUACCACGUAAGAGAGAUGAGAAAGUUUUUAUUCCUUUCAAUAUCUUUUGAAGGUUUCAGGUGAGGUCAGCCCAACCACAGGUAGCACAGAUUUUGAAUUUGUGUGCACAAUUUAUUACUUUACUUUCACCAUUUAUACUUGAGACCAACUUUUCAAUGUGAUUCUUCAAAAGCACUGGUUUCAAGAGUGUAGAGACUGGAAGUAAACUUUACGGUACAGAGAUGGAGAUGUAAAAUUGAUUUGUAUUAUCGCGAAUAUUAUUAUCCUUUCCUAGAGUUAUCUUGUUUACUAUUCUUAGUCUUUCCAUUCAACUUC